AAAGGAUUCGUGCUGCAGAGCUCCCACCCAGCAGACCGUCCUCAUGAAGUGCAGCUGAAGCUUUCUGGAGAUAAUCAAAUGUGGGAUCUUACCUGCUCGUGCAAAGCAGGUACAAGGAGAUGUAAGCACAUCAUUGCUUGUUUAUUGCAGAUCAGCCAGUUCAAGGGCUUGGAGUAUAUGUCGUGCACUGAUUCUACUCAAGUGUGGGGACACGCAAAGGCCGAAAAAACUAGUCUUUGGGGAGCAAGACUUGUAACCAGCAUGUGUUGUGUAAGACAACCAAAGAAAAUCAUCUGUUCGGAUAGUUCCCUCAAAGAAACCCUUCUAUCUGAUGCUUUCGAAAAACUUGUAACAGCUUCACCCGGGUCCGCAAUCAGCAAGCACAUUGAUGGGCGCCACUCAAAUCCUGUUGAAUUUCGAUCGGGCAUUAGUUCAUGUGGACAUGUGGUGCCAGCUCAGGUGUUCUGCACCAACGAUGAACUUAAAGCUAUGCUAUUUGACGAUUCGAAUGCCGUAGUAGUAAAUGCUAAGCAGCAGUUGUCGCCACAAAACGAAAAAUUUUAUGCAGAGAUUGUCCAAGUCUCUCAGGAAUCUAUACUGAAAAUUGCUCAGGAGACUUGUGCCCAAGACAAUAAAGAAUGGAAAUUCCAGCGCUCCAUCCGGAUUACGGCAAGCUCAUGUUAUGCUCUAUAUACGUACGCAAGUAACAAAAAGGCCGAUUGGGAAAAAAAAAUCACUCAGUUUUUAAAUCCCAAAUGUUUCGAAACCAAAAGUAUGCGUUAUGGGAAGGUAACAGAAGACAAAGCUUUUUCGUGUUAUACAAGAUACAGGAACCCGAACGUAAAAAGAACUGGCUUGCUGGUCAGUCACUGUGAACCAUGGAUUGGUGGAAGUCCCGAUGGAGUGGAUCCACUGUCUCACAUUUUACUAGAAAUAAAAUGCCCUGCUUCCGGAGAGGAACACGAUAUACUAUGGAUUUUAAAGAACUGUUCUGUCACGAAACGGUAUUUGAAGGUAGAUGAAGGAGCAGGGUAUAAAAAGUAUUAUUUAAAUAAGAAACAUGCAUACUAUGCUCAAAUCCAAUCGCUGAGGUUGACUUCGAUCAAGAAUAUGUAG